UGUCAUGUUUGUUUUAUGUGUUGGAAAUUACCAAAAUAUUUAAGAAAACAAUUUGCAAUCAAGAUGUAAAAUUCCCAGUAAUGUUUUAGGAGUAAUUUUAUCAAAUCCCUUUUAAUUGUAUUUCAAGGAGGCAACUAUGGGAGGUUAUGUGCCAUUUGCUGCAAGAAUCACCACAAUUUUGUUUAGGAUGAUUUUGAGGGUCUGGGCGUAUUCAGGCCUUGUAUUAGUAUUUUGUUGCCUAGUUUAUUAUUUAUAUGGAGCAGUUUUUGCUAUGAUUUUAUUGUUUUUUGCUGUCACAGGGAUUUUGUAUCAAAUUCAAGAUAGCUUACUUUAUAAUUCAGAAUUGCCUACACAUUCAAGGGUCUAUGUACCAAUACCAUCCACGUUUAACCUUCCUUAUGAGAGCGUAAUGACCAAAACCUCAGAUGGAAUACAAAUUCAUAUGUAUUUCAUUUCUCAGUCCAAAGAUAAACAAAAACCGUGUCCUACGAUAGUCUAUUUUCAUGGAAAUGCAGGGAACAUUGGCCAUAGAUUGCAAAAUUGUGCGGGAUUGUACAGUAAGCUCCAAUGUAAUAUUUUGUUAGUCGAAUAUAGAGGAUAUGGGUUGUCUGAAGGCGUACCUUCGGAAGAUGGCCUUUAUUUAGAUGCGAAAGCAAGUCUAGAUUAUUUGUUUACCAGGAAUGAUAUUAAUCAUUCAGAAAUCAUAAUUUUUGGUAGAUCUUUAGGUGGUGCGGUGGCUAUAGAUUUGGCUACAAGAGAAGAAUACUUUGGAAAAAUCUGGUGUUUAAUUGUAGAAAAUACAUUUACAAGCAUACCUGAUAUGGCAAAAGUAUUAUUAGGUUGGAGGAUGCUGCAGUACUUUCCUUUAUUUUUCUAUAAAAACAAAUUCUUAUCAUAUCAGAAAGUGAAAAGCCUUCGACUGCCCACGUUAUUCAUAUCAGGUAUGGCGGACUCGCUGGUGCCUCCUCGAAUGAUGCAGGAACUCCACAACCGCUGCAACAGUCUCAGGAAGCAGCUGCUGCAAGUACCUGCGGGCACUCACAACGAAACGUGGCAAUUACAAGGGUACUACCGUUCCAUGGCUGUGUUUUUACAAAGUUGUAGGUUGGACAGUAUUAGUCAUAGUCCUAACUUUGAUAUUAAAGUUAGUAAUGAAAACAACACCAAGAGUGAGAGUGUAUGGAUAGAUGUACAAAUUAUUUAGAUAGAUUAGGAGAUAUAGGUGUGUUUUUCAAAUUUGUAAAUAUUCGGUGCAAAGUAUCGCAAAUUACUAGUAAGUUGGCAAGUCUAACAUUCCUGAAGAGUUGUUUUUAUUUAUUAGUUUUUGUUAUGCCUCAACAAGUCACAACAGAUAUAUCGACUUUGUUUUCCUCUUUUGCUUGAUUUAUUUUCUUAUCAUUGUCAUUAUAUAGACAAAAUCCUUUCAGGCUUUGAUGUAACAUCUCUUCCUCUGUCUGAAGAAGCUACCUAAAAGAUCAGCGAAACACUGAGAGAGAUCUCUAUUUUAUUUAUCGUAUGGCAUACAAUAAGAACACAUAAUUAAAAAGAAAUAUAAAACGUUACAUGGGGAACGAACCGCCUUCGGGGGCAUUGUUUUGUUUUGUUUUUUUUUAUUUCCACGGGACAAGCCCAAUAAAGUUACAAUUGUUUACAAAUUUUGGAACAAUUUAGUAUACUAAAUAUAAGUCAUAUAUAUAACACAUAAAAUAUAAUAGUUAAAAUGGAGUGAACAUAAAUAAUAUAAAUUACAUACAGAACAAAUUAGAAACAGACUGGUAAAGGUGGACAUAACAAAACAAUUAAGAGGCAAUAUUAAUUUGUUGUAAGUCGCGUAUAAAUUGGUUGGGUGUGGAACUAAAAUUAAGCCUCUCCGUAUUUUGAUUUGCUAGACGUAACAUUCUAGUUAUAGGUUCAUUGAGGCCAUAAUUACAUCGAUGAAAUGGUACAUGAAAAGUGGUUUCGACUGCAUUUCGAGUACUGUAUAAAGGAACUUUAAAACCAACCUUAGACAAUAAAUAAUGACUAUUUGCUGUACCAUUUAACAAACUAUAUAGAAUUUUCAAAUCAUGGUGAUAACGACGUUCUUCCAGUGUAUUGAUAUUUAUAAAUGCUCUAAUUUCGUCAUAACUGUAAAACCUGUUACUCCCAGUAAUAGCUCUAAUUUUAAAUCCCAAAAACCUAAGGAAUUUGUUUUGGACCUUUUCAAUUUUUUCUGCGUAAACAUUAUAGUAAGGUGACCAAAUACUACAACAGUAUUCCAAGUAAGGUCUAACAAGAGAACAGUAUAACAAUUUCAGGGUAUUGGGAUUUUUAAAAUCAUAGCAGUUUCGUUUCAUGAAGCCAAGCAUCUGUAAAGCCUUUGAAAUAAUAGAAUCAAUAUGAUCUGCGAAUUUUAGCGAUUUGUCAAACAGUAUUCCAAGAUCUCUUAUUGUAUUAACACAAUCUAGUGGUGUGUUAUCAAGUUUAUAUUCAAACGGAAUACACGUUCUACCUUGAUAAAAACUAAUUUUAUGACACUUUUUGACAUUUAGCUCCAUUUCAUUUUCUUUACACCAAUUCUGUAUUUUAUUUAAUUGAAAUUGCAGAUUUUCGGAAUCGUCAGGACUAGAUAUUUUCGAAAAGAUUUUUAAAUCAUCCGCAAACAAAAGCUUAUCACAGUUUAUAUCUGCAAUAUCAUUUAUAAAUAUAAUAAAUAAUAGCGGACCCAGAUGUGAACCCUGAGGGACCCCAGAACUGACAACUACAUUCUGAGAUAGACAAUCCCGGAUCCUUACUGCUUGGCGCCUUCCUAUUAGGUAGCUUUCCAGCCAUUCAAGCAGUUUCCCAUCUACUCCAGCAGCUUCUAAUUUAGACAAUAGGAUGUUAUGAUUUACCCUGUCAAAUGCCUUGGAGAAGUCUGUAUAAAUAGAAUCAAUUUGAUACCCACCCUCCAAAGCACUUGACAACAACGCAUCCAAAUAGCAAAGAAGAUUUAAUUCCGAUGAUUUGUGUUUCUGAAAACCAUAUUGCUCAUCUACUGGAAACAAUUUGAAACAUACCGAGAGGCAGUCGGACACUAAGCUUUCAAAUAACUUAGGAAUGGUACUUAAUAUAGAAAUCGGUCUAUAAUUUGUAAUGUCAGAUCUACUACCAGCUUUAUGUAUUGGCGUUAAAAAACUUAAUUUCCAUGGAUCCGGAAAGUAACCAGCAUACAAUGAAGAAUUAAAAAUUUUCCACAAUGGUCUGGCCAAAAUAAAACUGCAUUUCUUCAAAACUAUAGGAGGUAUUUUGUCAGGUCCAGCACCUCUGUUCACAUCUAACGUCAUCAUCCUUUCAUAUACUUGAGAUAUUGUAAUAUUACAUGAAUUAAUCGUUAUAUUGGUGGUGGGAGGUAAAACACGUUUACUGAUUACUUUCUCAGAAUAAACUGAUGAGAAAUAUGAUGCAAAAGCAUUUGCAAUAUCACUUGGAGUUGUAUAAGUGAUAUUGUUCAAAGACAUUUCAUUUGGUAAACCUGUCCUCGUUCGUUUUGCAUUUAUGAAUGACCAAAACGAUUUAAUGUUAUUAUGAAUGGAAUUCUCAGUUUUUUCUAUAAAGUUAUUAUGACAAGUUUUUGUUAGAGCUUUACAUUUACUUCUAAGGCUCGAGAAUGCAUUAUAAUCAUUUAGAGAGGAACUAACUUUAAAUUUUAAAUGUGAUAACUUCUUUUCAAUUACUAGUUUCUUUAGUUCUGGUGAGAACCAUUUUGGAAACUUUUUUGUUGACAUUAUUUUUUUUGGCACAAAAAUUUCAAAAGCACAGUACAUGAUUUCAUAGAAUGUAUUUAACAUUUUAUCUAGACUUUGAUUUUCAAGAAUUUGAUCCCAGUUAACACAAGAAAGGUAAUCAUUCAAGGCAUUAAAAUCAGUGUUAUUAAAAUCCAAAUAGUAAGAGCUGUUCAGGUUUGUUGAGCAGCCAUUACUACAAAGAAAAUCUUUUAUGGCAAUGUUCAAGGCAGGAUGAUGCCUAUCUAAUGGAACUAUUUCCUCAUCAGAAGCUAUAACUUGAAUAGAACUGUCAUUAGCAAAUAUCAAGUCCAAUAAAACCCCACGAGAAUUGGAUAUUGUGUUGAUUUGAAAUAAAUUGUGAAAAUUACAUAGAUUUGACAAUAUCCAAGCAGAUUGAGUUUCAUUAGGAGUACAAUAUUGACCAAAAGUAACAAUGGAAGACAGUUCAUCAUUAGACCACAUAAUGUUUGGCAGAUUAAAGUCUCCGAACAAAAAUAGUUUGGAAGCUGGAUACUUCUCACUAACUUCAUCAACACUUUCACUGAAUUCGGUAUAUACAGCUGGUUCCGCUUUGGGUGGAAUAUAGACAGUUCCAAAUAUUGCCAUAGACUGACCACUGCCAAUAGUAAUAAACACCUGUUCAAUAUUACUGCUGCUUACAAAUAGGGCGCUCGAGAUUGAUUUCCUGACCGCAAUCAAAACACCGCCACCCCUAGUGUGGAUGCUAGUUUCACUUGAUCUAUCUUUUCGGUACACAAUGUAACUCUCCAUACCAAGUUCAGAGUCUAGAAAAUCAGCAGUCAGCCAAGUCUCAGUUAGAAUAAUUACAUCAUAGGAACAAUGUGAAAUAUUUAAUAAAAGAGUCUGAAGUUUAGUUCGAAGACCAUUUGUAUUUUGGUAAUAAACAUUUAAGUUGUUAUGAGGCGUGCCACGUGGAGACUGACUUAGUUUUCUUCAACAAUGUAACGGACGGUCUGAAGCUGUCAGAACAUCUACCGCUACUUGUUCUUCUUCUGAUUAGCUUUGUUCAUGUAUUACGGGGCAGUUCAAAGCCUGGCGGUUGCUGAUAGAUACAGGCCAUUUGAUGUGCUUCCGUGGUGAGUCGCUCUCCCAUUGUCUUCUCCAAGCGUUGGUGAGGUCGAAAUUUUCCUGAUGUAAGGAGGUGGCCUUUAACAAUGGAGGAUAUCUGAGCGCAGUCUGUUCAUUUCGAUAUCAAGCUUAUCAUGGUGAAUGGUUAGUUGAUGGUUAGUCUCGAUUUUUUGAUAUUAUCUGAGAAGAAAAUGACUUCUUCUUAGUUUUGUCGGUGGAAUGUGACCCAGAAUGGGAAGCCAAUGGGGUGUUAGUCUAAUUGUACCUGAGAUCAUCCGCAUUGUCUGGUUUAAUUGGGUGUUAUGACCAUCAGACGGUGUCAUGCAACUGAUAGGUCAAUGAAAGCAAAAGAUGUUUUUUCCUUUGUUUGAAAACCUGCUUCAAUAUGUGUUAGGGGUAGAAUCUGAUCUGCACAGCUGCGGUUAGGUCUGAACCCUGCUUGCUCAAUAGGUAUCAACCCAAAUAUGUUUUAUAAUUCUGUUGUAGAUUAAGCGUUCCAACAGUUUAUAGACACAGCUCAGCAGGGCAAUCGGUGGUAGUUUUGGGACUGAUCAUUUGCCUUUCCUGGUUUUGGUGUGGUUCCACAGUGGAGUAAAAAUUCUGGAUGUAUUUUAUCGGAGCCGGGUGCCUUUCCAGACUUAAUUUCUGAUAUUGCUGAAGUAAUUUCUUCUGGAGUAAACUCGUCAGAGUAUUCAGAUGUAGGCGGUCAUGCAGACUGUAGUAUUUUUAGUGUUUUACUUUGUUGGUGUGGUCACGAUUUCUAGGUGCUCUUGGGGUUGCUACAAUGUGGGAGGCCACUCUGUUGGGAACUAUUGGUACUUUUUCUCUAGUUGUGUCUGAUAUUACCAAGUUUUCUAAGUAAGGACCAUGAUUUUCUGAUUGAUUUACUAAAGAAAAAUAUGGUCCUUACUUUGAGACUUUUAUUAAGGAGAUUAUUAAGGGCAUAGGUUGCAAAAUGUCGCUCCAAAGUGUUUUAAAUGCAUUCAUUUUUUCGAAUCCUGAGAAAACUAAUUAGUAUUUUUGAAAAAUUUAAACGCAAAAUGAAAGAUUAAAUUAUUACCGAGGGCCGAAAGUCCCUUAGAAUAAACAAACUGUUUAUUUUGAAUGAGAUAUUUGAAAUUAAAAAUCACACUAAAUUUUCUUUUUUUUCACACCUGCAACUUAUUAAAAUAAACAUUAUAGAAGUGUUUAGUGACUUUCGGCCCUCGAUAAUAACGUAAUCUUUCAUUCUGCGUUUAAAUUUUUCAAAAAUAUUUAUUAGUUUUCUCAAGAUUCGAAAAAAAUGAAUGUAUUUAAAUAGCAUUGGAGCCGAAAUUUUGCGCUUAUCCCCUUAAUGUCUCUUUUUUUAGUACAAAACUCAAAUUUUUAGUGAAUUUGUGCAACAAAUUAUGAAUAACAUGAUUUUUAUACAUAUUUUUUUUUAUGGCAUAGACUUGGGUGUCAUUUAGCCAGUCACAACUUUUUUUGUUUUCUGUUCAUACAUAAGGAAGGCAAUGAGGUCCUUAGAGUUCCAUAGCAAACUCUUCUACAGCUCUCUACUCAGUUCAAAAGCUGGCCGCUAUGGACUGUCCAAGUUGCUCACCACAUUUUCCAUUAUGUAUCUUCUUCUUCUUCUUCUUCUUCUUCUUCUUCUUUUUUCAUAUGUACAUAAUAUACCAAAUUAUCAGGAUUAAUAAGUUUAGAGGUUAAUUUUAGUUUCACAGAUAAAUUUCAUUAAACAAUCAUAUAUGUUCUUGCUGUUCAGAGACAAUAGAUAGGAUACAUUGAAAGGUGGAAAAACAUUACAUUUUAUUAAAUCUUGGAUUAAAUUAUAUGUGCAUGGAAUAUAUUUUGCGCACUCAAAGAAAGUAUGAUUUAAGUCAUCAACCUUCUGACAUUCUGUACAAAGAUUUGAAUCAAAAACUUUAAUUCUUGCUAGAUGUAGAGGGAAACAUGCAUGUCCAAACUUCAUUCUAAUUAAUGUUUUUAUAUAUCUUCGAGGUACUACAUAAUUUUUAAACCAAUAUAUAUUUGGAACAGAAGGUUGAAUCAGUGAAUACUGAGAUUUGGAUUGUUUACAAAGAUCUCGCCAUGAUUGACUCCACUGAUUUUUAACUCGAUGCUUAAUAGUGUUAACUAAGUCAGAUAUGCAAAACUUACGAUUAUGUGAAGUACCAUAUUCAAUGGCUUUUUUAGCCAAACUAUCAACAUAUUAUAUUUAUAAUAUGUAUUUUGUACAACUUACUAGGUAUUUGCAAAAAACGGUAAUUUUUGGCAAACUUACACUUCUUGAAUAGAGCAAAAUAUUUUAAUAGGUAUGUUUCGAGUAUAUUUGCUAAAAAUAUUUGAUCUCCUUAUAAUAACAUCUUGUAUGCACCCUAAUUUUUACCAUUGUUAAAAUUUUAGUUGUAUAUUUUGCUACGUUUUUGGCAUUUUGUAAUUUAUUGCGUUUAACUAAGAGAAUAAAGAUUUUUCAGUAAUAA